GCCAAGAUGGACGCUUCCAUUUGAGCGUGUCGCACACCUGCCUGCCAUUAGUAGUCGUGCCCACUGCUGCCGCCUAUUCUUCCUCUGGAAUAGGGGAGGGAGAGGGGAUGAGAAGCUGCCGCGGCCAAGGAGUCACUGUGACCGACCCCGCCGCUGCUCUGGGCCUCCUCGGCCCCUACGCCUCCGGGGAGCAGCCGGGGCUCGCCGCGCCUGACGCGUCCCGAAUUACACAGAAAUAAUGUUGAUAUUUGGAACCCAUGUCGAACUUCUAUGAAGAAAGGGCAACGAUGAUUGCAGCCAGGGAUUUGCAGGAAUUUGUUCCUUUCGGUCGAGACCACUGCAGGCACCACCCGAAUGCUUUGAAUCUUCAGCUUCGCCAGCUUCAGCCAGCCUCUGAAUUAUGGUCUUCUGAUGGUGCUGCUGGGUUGGUGGGAUCCCUUCAGGAGGUUACAAUUCAUGAGAAACAGAAGGAAAGCUGGCAGCUAAGGAAAGGAGUAAGUGAACUUGGACAAGAAGUGGACUAUGAUGAGGAACUCUAUGUUGCUGGAAAUAUGGUGAUCUGGAGCAAAGGAAGUAAAAGCCAGGCAUUGGCAGUUUAUAAAGCAUUUACGGUUGACAGUGCUGUUCAACAGGCAUUGUGGUGUGACUUCAUUAUAUCACAGGAUAAGUCUGAAAAGACCUACAAAAGCCACGAAUUAGAAAAAUGCAUAUGUAUAUUGCAGAGCUCAUGUAUUAACAUGCAUAGUAUAGAAGGAAAGGAUUACAUAGCUUCCUUACCAUUUCAGGUUGCAAAUGUUUGGCCCACUAAGUAUGGAUUGUUGUUUGAACGAAGCAGUUCUUCACAUGAGGUACCUCCAGGUCCGCCCAGAGAACCUUUACCCACUAUGUUCAGCAUGCUGCAUCCACUAGAUGAAAUAACCCCACUUGUUUGUAAAUCUGGAAGUCCUUUUGGCUCAUCGCGGGUGCAAUAUGUUGUAGACCCUGCAAUGAAAAUUGUUUUCCUCAGCAUUGACCCCUCCAUUGUAAUGACUUAUGACGCUGUUCAAAAUGUGCAUUCUGUGUGGACUCUCCAGAGAGUCAAGUCGGCGGAAGAGAAUGCUGUUCUAAAGUUCUCUGAACAGGGGGCGACCCCACAGAACAUGGCCACUAGCAGCUCCCUCACAGCACAUCUCAGAAGCCUCUCCAAGGGAGAUUCUCCUGUGACUUCACCUUUCCAGAAUUAUUCCUCCAUUCACAGCCAGAGUCGCUCAGCUUCAUCACCUAGUCUCCACUCCCGCUCACCUUCCAUUUCCAACAUGGCAGCUUUAAGUCGGGCUCAUUCUCCUGCCUUAGGAGUGCAUUCCUUUUCAGGGGCGCAGAGGUUCAACUUUUCAAGCCAUAGUCAGUCUCCAAAGAGACACAGUAUUUCUCAUUCUCCAAAUAGUAAUUCUAAUGGCUCCUUCCUUGCACCAGAAACGGAGCCCAUUGUUCCUGAACUGUGUAUUGACCAUUUGUGGACAGAAGCGAUUACUAAUACAAGAGAGAAAAAUUCACAGGCUUCAAAAGUGUUUAUUACAUCUGACCUAUGUGGGCAGAAGUUCUUGUGCUUUUUAGUAGAGUCCCAACUUCAGUUACGCUGUGUGAAGUUUCAAGAGAGUAAUGAUAAAACCCAGCUCAUCUUUGGUUCUGUCACCACCAUACCAGCAAAGGACGCAGCACCAGUGGAGAAGAUAGACACCAUGCUGGUCCUAGAAGGCAGUGGAAACCUGGUGCCGUACACAGGAGUGGUUCGGGUGGGGAAGGUUUUUAUUCCUGGACUGCCAGCUCCUUCCCUGACAAUGUCCAACACAAUGCCUCGACCCAGUACUCCACUUGACGGCGUUAGUACUCCUAAGCCUCUUAGUAAACUACUUGGAUCAUUGGAUGAGGUUGUUCUAUUAUCUCCAGUUCCAGAACUGAGGGAUUCUUCAAAACUUCAUGAUUCUCUAUAUAACGAGGAUUGCACUUUCCAACAAAUUGGAACUUACAUUCAUUCUGUUAGAGAUCCUGUUCAUAACAGAGUAACUCUGGAACUGAGUAAUGGCUCCAUGGUUAGGAUCACUAUUCCUGAAAUUGCCACCUCUCAAUUAGUACAAACAUGUUUGCAAGCAGAAUUGAUCCUUCCAAAAGAAGUAGCGGUUCAGAUGCUUGUCAAGUGGUACAAUGUUCACAGCGCUCCAGGAGGACCCGGUUAUCACUCAGAGUGGAAUUUAUUUGUCAUUUGUCUCAUGAACAUGAUGGGUUAUAACACAGACCGCUUAGCGUGGACCCGAAGUUUUGACUUUGAAGUAUCUCUUUCUCCAGUCAUCGCUCCCAAAAAAGCAAGGCCUUCUGAGACUGGAUCUGAUGAUGACUGGGAAUAUUUACUGAAUUCAGAUUACCACCAGAAUGUUGAGUCUCAUCUGUUGAGCAGAUCUUUAUGUUUGGGUUCUUCGGAAGUUUCGCAGAUGAAGGAUGAAGAUUUUUCACAGAACCUCAGUCUGGAUUCUUCUACGCUCCUCUUUCCUCAUAUACCUGCAAUUUUUUUUGUUCUUCACCUUGUCUAUGAGGAGCUUAAAUUGAAUACUCUAAUGGGAGAAGGAAUUUGUUCACUUGUUGACCUUCUUGUUCAGCUGGCAAGGGACUUGAAAUUGGGACCUUAUGUAGAUCAUUACUAUAGAGACUACCCAACGCUUGUCAGAACAACGGGACAAGUGUGCACAAUUGAUCAAGGCCAAACGGGUUUUAUGCACCAUCCACCAUUUUUUACUUCUGAGCCGCCUAGUAUUUAUCAGUGGGUGAGUUCUUGUCUUAAGGGAGAUGGAAUGCCACCUUAUCCUUACCUCCCUGGAAUCUGUGAAAGAAGCAGACUCAUUGUCUUGAGUAUAGCACUCUAUAUACUUGGUGAUGAGAGCUCUGUUUCUGAUGAUGCCUCACAAUAUUUGUCCAGAAUAACUACAGCCCCCCAGAAGUCACAAACAGAACAAGAAGAAAACAGUUUCAGUCAUUCUACAUCAGUUUCUAGCCUGGCUGAAAGAUUAGUUGUCUGGAUGACUAGUGUAGGGUUCACUUUAAGAGAUCUGGAAACUCUUCCCUUUGGAGUUGCUCUUCCUAUCAGAGAUGCAAUUUAUCACUGUCGUGAGCAGCCUGCUUCAGACUGGCCAGAAGCUGUCUGCCUCUUGAUUGGACGUCAGGAUCUUUCCAAGCAGGCCUUCGAAGGAAACUUACCCAAAGGCAAAUCUGUGCUCUCAUCAGAUGUUCCUUCAGGAACAGAAACUGAAGAGGAGGAUGAUGGCAUGAAUGACAUGAAUCACGAGGUUAUGUCAUUGAUAUGGAGUGAAGAUUUAAGGGUGCAGGAUGUGCGAAGGCUUCUUCAGAGUGCGCAGCCUGUUCGUGUCAACGUAGUGCAGUAUCCAGAACUCAGUGACCACGAAUUCAUUGAAGAAAAAGAAAACAGAUUACUCCAGUUGUGUCAGCGAACUAUGGCCCUUCCUGUGGGACGAGGAAUGUUUACUUUGUUUUCAUACCAUCCUGUUCCAACAGAGCCAUUGCCUAUUCCUAAACUGAAUCUGACUGGGCGUGCCCCUCCUCGGAACACAACAGUUGACCUUAAUAGUGGAAAUAUCGAUGUGCCUCCCAACAUGACAAGUUGGGCCAGCUUCCAUAAUGGUGUGGCUGCUGGCCUGAAGAUAGCCCCUGCCUCCCAGAUCGAUUCGGCGUGGAUUGUUUACAAUAAGCCCAAGCAUGCCGAGUUAGCCAAUGAGUAUGCUGGCUUUCUUAUGGCCUUGGGUCUGAAUGGGCACCUUACAAAGCUGGCUACUCUCAAUAUCCAUGACUACUUGACCAAGGGCCAUGAAAUGACAAGCAUUGGACUGCUACUUGGUGUUUCUGCUGCAAAACUAGGCACCAUGGAUAUGUCAAUGACACGGCUUCUUAGUAUUCACAUUCCUGCUCUCUUACCCCCAACGUCUACAGAGUUAGAUGUACCUCACAACGUCCAAGUGGCUGCAGUGGUUGGCAUCGGUCUUGUGUAUCAGGGAACAGCUCACAGACAUACUGCAGAAGUCCUGUUGGCUGAAAUAGGACGGCCCCCAGGUCCUGAAAUGGAAUACUGCACUGACAGAGAGUCGUACUCAUUAGCUGCCGGCUUAGCCCUAGGGAUGGUUUGCUUGGGGCAUGGCAGUAAUUUGAUAGGCAUGUCUGAUCUCAAUGUUCCUGAGCAGCUUUAUCAGUACAUGGUUGGAGGACAUAGGCGCUUUCAAACAGGAAUGCACAGGGAGAAACAUAAAUCUCCAAGUUAUCAAAUCAAAGAAGGAGAUACCAUUAAUGUAGAUGUGACUUGUCCAGGUGCAACGCUAGCUUUGGCUAUGAUCUACUUAAAAACUAAUAACAGAUCCAUUGCAGAUUGGCUUCGAGCUCCUGAUACCAUGUAUUUGCUGGACUUUGUGAAACCAGAAUUUCUCUUGCUUAGGACACUUGCUCGAUGCCUGAUUUUGUGGGAUGAUAUUUUACCAAAUUCCAAGUGGGUUGACAGCAAUGUUCCUCAAGUAAGUACAUAUAAUAAAUAUUAUUAUAUCUUUAAUAGCAUAUAAUUAUGAUUUCUUAUGAGAUUUUCCAAAAUAUUAUAAAAUAUUUUUUCUUAGGAAGGCAACAUUGACCACUAGGGGAUCUCUUGGAGCAGCAGAAAAUUUCAUUUUAAGGUUGUAUAGUGAUUUUAGACCACAGCUUUCCGUUCUGGCUCAGGUCUUUAGAGUUUGUAGUUUUUGAAAAUUAAGUAUGUAUACCA